AUGGCCACUGUAGAGGAAAACAUCAUGACCACAGUAAAUGAGGGCCACAACCUUCUUAUAUUAGGCCAAGUAGGCACUGGCAAAACUAAAUUGAUUACAGGAAUUAACGGAAAAUUAAUGCUAUUCAAAAAGGUUGUCAUGACCGCAUUAACUGGCAUGGCAGCUACACUAUUACGUAAUGUAACUACGAUCCAUUGGUUCCUUAGGCUGAUGGAUGGGCGCUUUCAAUCGGAUGAAUUGAUUCAAAGAAUAGAGAAUCUAGAUGACAUGGCGGUAACAAAGAUACAUAUCAAAGAAAUCGAUGUAUUAAUAAUUAAUGAAGUCCCUGGUUUAUCGAAGAAAAUGUUUAUUCAGGGAACAUCGCCAAGGAAUGGACAACAUUUUCCAGACAAGCCGAUAUGUGUUAUAAGAAGAGCACCCAAGAAACAGCUAUAA